AUGGUUCUUCCAAGAUUAUUUAAUCAAACUAGUAAGAACUUCAUUAAUACUGCUUCAAGAAGCUUUAAAUUAAACUUAGCUAGAAACUUUGCUUCUGCUGCUCCUGCUGCUGGUAAAGUUAGAGCUGUUAUUGGUGCUGUUGUUGAUGUCCAUUUCGAAGAUGGUAACUUACCAGCUAUUUACAAUGCUUUAACUUUAAAAAAUGGUGACCAAGAUUUAGUCUUAGAAGUUUCUCAACAUUUAGGAGAAAACACCGUUAGAGCUAUUGCUAUGGAUGGUACCGAAGGUUUAGUUAGAGGUGCUUCAGUUGCUGACACUGGUGCUCCAAUCUCUGUCCCAGUUGGUAGAGGUACUUUAGGUAGAAUUAUUAACGUUACCGGUGAUCCAAUUGAUGAAAGAGGUCCAAUUGAAUGUAAACAAAGAAACCCAAUUCACGCUGAACCACCAUCAUUCGUUGAACAAUCUACUGCUGCCGAAGUUUUAGAAACCGGUAUCAAAGUUGUUGAUUUAUUAGCUCCUUACGCUAGAGGUGGUAAAAUUGGUUUAUUCGGUGGUGCCGGUGUCGGUAAAACCGUUUUCAUCCAAGAAUUAAUUUCUAACAUUGCUAAAGCCCAUGGUGGUUUCUCAGUCUUUACCGGUGUCGGUGAAAGAACCAGAGAAGGUAAUGAUUUAUACAGAGAAAUGAUUGAAACUGGUGUUAUUAACUUAGAUGGUGAUUCUAAAGUCGCUUUAGUUUUCGGUCAAAUGAACGAACCACCUGGUGCUAGAGCUAGAGUUGCUUUAACCGGUUUAACCAUUGCUGAAUACUUCAGAGAUGAAGAAGGUCAAGAUGUGUUAUUAUUCGUUGAUAACAUUUUCAGAUUUACCCAAGCUGGUUCCGAAGUUUCAGCUUUAUUAGGUCGUAUUCCAUCAGCUGUCGGUUAUCAACCAACUUUAGCCACUGAUAUGGGUCUUUUACAAGAAAGAAUUACUACCACCAAAAAAGGUUCCGUUACCUCAGUUCAAGCUGUUUAUGUCCCAGCUGAUGAUUUAACUGAUCCUGCUCCAGCUACUACUUUCGCCCAUUUAGAUGCUACUACUGUCUUAUCUAGAGGUAUUUCCGAAUUAGGUAUUUACCCAGCUGUUGAUCCAUUAGAUUCUAAAUCAAGAUUAUUAGAUGCUUCAGUUGUUGGUCAAGAACAUUAUGAUGUUGCCUCAGGUGUUCAACAAACUUUACAAGCUUAUAAAUCUUUACAAGAUAUUAUUGCUAUUUUAGGUAUGGAUGAAUUAUCAGAAGCUGAUAAAUUAACUGUCGAAAGAGCUAGAAAAAUCCAAAGAUUCUUAUCUCAACCUUUCGCUGUUGCUGAAGUUUUCACUGGUAUUCCAGGUAGAUUAGUUAGAUUACAAGAUACUAUUAAAUCAUUCAAAGAAGUCUUAGAAGGUAAAUACGAUCAUUUACCAGAAAAUGCCUUCUAUAUGGUUGGUGGUAUUGAAGAUGUCAUUGCUAAAGCUGAAAAAAUGGCUGCUGAAGCUAACUAG